UUGGUUUUCCUACUAUUUCCUCUUGACCCGUAAACGCAGCAGCCUCUUUCUCUGUUAAGCACGUCAAGAACUUCUUCAGAUCUGGAUCAGAGAGAGAGAGAUAGAUCUGCUAAGGUGAGCAAACUACUGCUAUGGCGAGCUCAGAUGCAGGAACGCCAUAUGAAUUUGAGUAUCAAGUGUUCCUGAGCUACAGAGGACCCGACACUCGUACUGGAAUCACCGACUACCUCUACACUUGCUUAGACGAUGCUGGAAUUAGAGUCUACCGAGACGACGAAGAGCUCCGUAUGGGUGAAAGGAUUGAUGGAUCACUUCUGCAGGCUAUCGACAACUCCAGGAUCUACAUACCUAUCUUCUCUCGGAAUUACGCUUCGAGCUCAUGGUACCUCCGUGAGCUCUCACAAAUCGUGGCAAACACCUUAAAAUCGGAAGGUAACAAAGAAAUCCUACCUAUUUUUUACGGCGUGGCACCUGACGAUGUUGAGCUGAAGACUCCACUGUAUGAUGAUGCCUUGCAAAAACUGAAUGAGAGGUUCGGGAAGGAGCAAGUAGAUGCAUGGAGAAAGGCUCUCUCGGAGGUUGAUGUGACAAAGGGGUGGGAAGCGCACGACUACACUGGGUAAGCCAGCUGCUUUCAAAAUGCUUGUUUUCCCCAAUUUUCCUUAACACUUAAAUCAUAGAUGUAGUAAAAACCUGCAUGAUUUAGGUGGGAAUUUUAUUAUAGUAAUACUAAAUGAUGAACCAACGCUACGUUUGUCAAAAAAUGUGAAGCUGCAUAACAAGGUCGUCUUACAUAAUGGGCGAAACAUUGAUAUUAAUAGCU